CGCGUUAGGUAGCGCCGCAGCCAGCAGCCCGUGGAAGAUGCACACACUUUGAAUGAAAGUCGUCAAGUGUUGCAGGCUGACACUUUUACCAUCUUGCAAUAUAUGAACGCCGACAUUGCAGUUGCGUGUAUCUAGCGGGACUUUAUCACGCACUUUGACAACAUUCCUACCUUUGGCGACAGGUAUUUCACUUUCAAGUCCAACUACGCCGCUGACCGUGCUUGUCUGCGUGUGAAGGAGCGACCAGGCGGCGUGUGUGUGUGUGACAAUGCGGCGGCUCACGGCGCAGCUCCUCGCCGGGCUGCUUGCGGCGGUGCUUGUGCGGUGUCGGGCGGACGGCGGCGGCGGCGGCCCCAGCCUGGCAGAGAGGGUGAUCUGGGCUGUCAACGCCGGAGGGGAGUCGCAUGUGGACGUGCACGGCAUUCACUUCAAAAAGGACCCCUUGGAAGGGAAAGUCGGUAAAGCAUCGGAUUAUGGGAUGCGCCUGCCGAUCCUCCGCUCGAGCCCUGAGGAUCAAGUUCUCUACCAGACGGAGCGCUACAAUGAAGACACUUUUGGAUAUGACAUCCCGAUUCGUGACGAAGGCGACUAUAUACUAGUAAUGAAGUAUGCAGAGGUUUACUUUGCCCAGUCACAGCAAAAGGUGUUUGACGUUCGACUAAAUGGCCACGUGGUUGUGAAGGACCUUGAUAUCUUUGAGCGAGUGGGUCACAGUACCGCACAUGAUGAAAUAGUGCCCUUCUCCAUUAGACGGGGCAAGCUGAGUGUACAAGGAGAGGUGUCAACUUUCAACGGCAAGCUCACAGUUGAGUUUGUAAAGGGAUAUUAUGAUAACCCCAAGGUCUGCGCUCUCUAUGUGAUGAAAGGAACACCAGAAGACGUACCAAAACUGCAGCCUCACCCCGGCUUGGAGAAGCAUGAGGAAGAGGAGGAAGACGGCGAGGUAGGAGAUGACGUCGGGAAGAAGAAGCUCCCGCCAGAUUCCAAGCCCAGGGUCCAGUCGGGCCCCCGAACACCAAACCCAUACGCGGCCGACAACAGCAGCCUAAUGUUCCCCAUCCUGGUGGCGUUUGGCGUCUUCAUCCCCACAUUGUUCUGCCUCUGUCGGCUGUGAGAGACCAGGACGGACAUGAAGACUGUGUGACAG